CGGGUCUCGAUUAGUAUUAAAACAGUCCGUGAGGUCGUGUAGACACCAGGCUGCUUUGGGAUGCUGAUGCUGCUGGCGGUGGUGUUGCUGUCGGUGUCGGUUCUGCGCGUGCGCAGUGCGCACCUUGCGAUUCCCCCAUUCAUGCUCAUCGAUCACGGAGAAGCGGCGCGUCUUCUCCUCUCUUCUCCUCUCUUCUCCUCUCUUCUUCACCUUAGAGUCCACGCGUUUUCCGACUUCUCCUGCCAAGCUUUCUCUCUCGUUCUACCCCUUCUUCCUUCAUCCUGCAUUUAUAUCUGUAUCUCAGGGUAAUUCAGGGGAGAACAGGAGCACCAACCAACCAUGACAUAGGAACGGAUAUACUCUUCCUUCUCUCUGGAAGCUGUGUGUUCUCCUUCUUUGGUGCUGGUGCUGGUGAUUCUCAGUCAUGGAGUUUCCCUCUGCUACCGUUUUUGACCAGCCUAAAGACUGUGCUGAGGAGGUGGACUUGAAUGUGGUGUUCCAAGCAGCGGCUACAGGGGAUGUCAACAGUCUGACAACCACGAUAUGUGAAGAUCCUUCCAUUCUGGAGUGCUGUGACAGUGAAGGCUCGACACCGCUGAUGCACGCCGUCUCUGGGAGACAGGUGGACACAGUCAAGCUGUUGCUGAAAAUGGGUGCAUCGAUCAACACUCAGGAUGCCUGUGGCAGGACUUCGCUUUCCCUCGCUACAUACUUGGGCUGGCUGGAAGGCUGUGUGUGUCUACUACGAAAUGGAGCAAAACAGAAUAUCCCUGAUAAGAACGGUCGCUUACCGCUUCAUGCUGCUACAGCUGAGGUUGACCUCAGACUCAUGGCUGUGUUAUUGCAGCAAUCAACACUGUGUGAAAUAAAUCAUCAAGACAAUGAGGGCAUGACAGCUCUUCACUGGGCAUCCUUCCAUAACCGCCCAGAGCAUGUACAGGCCCUGCUGCAAAAAGGGGCAGAUCCCACACUGGUCGAUAAAGACUUUAAAACCGCACUUCACUGGGCUGUGCAGAGUGGUAGCAGAAUUAUGUGCUCGCUAAUUCUCGAUCAUCACCUCGGUUCGACCGUCAUAAACUACGACGAUGAGAACGGCAAGACCUGCGUUCACAUUGCUGCCGCAGCAGGUUACAGUGACAUCAUCUACGAACUCGCACACGUCCCUGAAACCAAUCUGCAGGCUCUGGAUGUAGACGAGCGGACGCCAUUGCACUGGGCAGCUGCAGCAGGAAAAGAGGAGUGUGUGCAAGCUUUGUUACAGCUGGGCGUCGAGCUCGGUCCGAGAGACAUCAACGAGAACACGCCACUGACGUACGCCAUGUACUGCGGCCACACGGCCUGCAUCAAACUGCUCUCAGCUGACAGCAGGCCUGAAUCAACCCGCCAUUUACUUUCCCAGAGCGGUGACCCGGCAAUCAGGAAAGAAGGAAAAUUCCGUGUUCUGAACCAAAUCUUCUCAUGUAAAAAAAAAAAAGAAAUGAAUGCGGCGCGUCAAAGGGAGCUGAGCCGAGAGCAGCACCUGCAAGAGGAGACUUCGGAAGUGGACGACAUCAUCACCAUGUUUGACUGUAUUGUUGAUCCCCCAGGCAAGGAGGACAGCAGAAGGCAGCCUAACGACCCUAAUGAAAGGCUUGACGACCCCAAUGCUAAAGACCACAGGAGCCUACCUCCUAUACGCACUCAGAGUCUUCCACCGAUCACACUGGGAAAUUGUUUGUUAACCAGUUUGCACAAUGCACCCCGUAGAACAGUGUCAGGGCAGAUGGGUAGUCAUUUGGCUCACAGAUCACAAAAAAGCAAGAGUGAACAUGACCUGUUUGACAGCAGAACAAAGGCUCAGAAAGCCACUGGGCCUUCCUGGAAAACAGAAUCUAACCAGUUGCUAAACCACAAGGCCUGGGUGACGCCACCAUCUGACAGGAUGUUGCACGAAACACCAAGUCCUAUAGAUGUGCUUUGCUCUAACCAUACACCCUAUAUCCAGAGAAAUGACCAAGCAAAUACUCAUCUUCUACCGUUGAGAAUGAGGGACUCUGCCUUGGCUCGUAACAGCUUGGCUCCUAUUCGUGACCACUGCACUCACAGAUUCUCUCUGCCACCUGACCAAGUAUCUCAAGGAGUAAGGAAGUCCAAAUCCCUGCCCCUCAGCUCUCUGGGACGGAGUCUAGCAGGACUACCUCUUCCUGUAAUGUCUAAAAGUCACAGACCGAGCAUCCAUCAAAGCCAAUCUCUGUGUUCCUUUUCUGCUCCUCUGAGCACCGAGCCACUGCGGAACAUACAAGUUCUUCCUGCUAUCCCACCCCAAAGAAAACGAAGCCCGUCGCCUCCGAAACUCCCGAACACGCCGGAGACUGACACUGACAGAAGACCCUGAUGCACUUUCAGCAAACUAGUGAU